GUGGUUUCCCCACGCUGCAGCACAUCAAACAUAAGUUCCACAUGAAGAAGAGCGGGGUGGUGGUGUUCCAGCAGAGCAGCAGAGGUGAGAACAUGAUGUUGAGCAUCAUCACUCCUCCACAAGAAGACAUGCUGUGUGAGCAGGUGGCUGAAGGAGUGCUGGGCAGGUGUGUGUUUGUCAACUGGCCACACCUGGAGGAAGCUCGCAUCAUCGCUGUGUCCGAUGGAGAACGCAAGUUCUACCUGCAGGAAGCAGCAGGUGUGCAGAGGGUGUAUGACACACCUCCACCCACACAAGUCUCCUACCUGUCAGACAAGGAGCAGAGAGACUGGGAGAAAGACGUCCAAGGCAUCACUGAAGAUUUGGUGAAGAAGAAAGGCAUCCAGGUGAACGAGACCUCGGUGCUUCUGUACGGCCAGCUGCUGACAGGAAGGAAGUUUGUACCUAAAGGCGGUGGUGUGGUGGAGCUGGAGAAGCAAUGGGCCAAACAAGUCAUUCCCUUUGCCUACCAGACUGUGGUCAAGGACAUCAAGGCCUUUUAUUCCUCCUUGAGCACCUUCAGCAGCCUAGAAGAACUAUUCCCUCCUCACACAACCGUCUUCAUGGUGGCCAACCCCUACUACGCUGCCAUGGGAGAGGUGCAAGACUCCAGUGAUGUCAUCAAAGAAGGACGUAUACGUGUGGUCUUCAACGUGCCGCAUGAACCCCAACUGGAGGCUCUCAUCCACAACCAGCAUAAGUACUGUGUCAAGUACAAUCCCGGGUAUGUGGUGGCGUCCCGUCUGGGUAUGACCAGCUACCUGGUGUCCCGCUUCUCCGGCAGCAUCUUCAUCGGCAGAGGCAGCAAAAAGAAUCCCUGUGGCGAGCAGAAAGCCAACGUGGGCCUCAACCUGAAGUUCAACAAGAAGAACGAGGAGGUCCCUGGCUACACCAGGAGGACCGAGAAGGAGUGGCUCUACUCCGCCGCCGUGGAGGAGCUUUUGGCGGAAUACCUGGACAGGUUCUCCGAGGUGUUUGACGCCGUGUCCAGGAACUCUCAUGACGACGUGUUCUACGAAGACGACGUCUGGCCGGGGGAGGACCAGAACGGGGCAGAGAAGGUGUCAGAGAUCACCACAUGGCUGAAAGGUCACCCUGUCAGCUCCAUCAGCAGGGCGUCAUGUGACCUGCAGGUGCUGGACGCUGCCAUCGUGGAGAAAAUUGAGGAGGCGGUGGAGAAGUCCAAGGUGAAGAAGAGCACCAAGAAAGUCCGAGUCACUGUCAAGCCACACCUCCUCUUCAGGCCCCUGGAGCAGCAACAGGGGGUGGUCCCAGACCCCAAUGCCGAGUACCGCCUGUUUGACCGCGUCAUCAACACCCGAGAGAGCUUCACGGUGCCACUGGGUCUGAGAGGAACGGUCAUCGGCAUCAAAGGAGCUGAGCGUGAGGACGAGGUUCUCUACGAGGUUCUGUUCGACGAGGAGUUCUCUGGUGGCCUCAACAUCAGGUGCACGUCGCCUCGUUGUUACCGCCUGCCACCCAGCGCUCUGAUGAACGUGUCCCAUGGCGGCCGAACAGAUCCCAGCUCGCACAAACUCACCGCCAUCGUCAAACCUCAGCCUGCCGCCAACUUCUACUCUCAGCAGCAUGUGGGGAACCUCAACCACUCGCCACGCUCGCCCUUUGUCGCCACACAGCACAACAAGCACGCUGCUCCUCAAGGCAACUCCACUUCUAAGGUUCCGAUCCACAAACAACAAGCGAAGAGUAAAGAGGCGUACACUGAUGUGUGGCAAACUCUGCACAAGUCUGCUCCUCCUCAACACCCUCCUGCCCACUGGCAAAACCAUCCUUCAAUGGCUCCCAUCAGACUGUUGAAGAAAAAUGAAGAUCUAGAUUUGCACAACAGCGACUCUAAAGUCAACUCCUCUAAACCAUCGCUGGAGUUUGAGGAGCUUUUAGCCAGCCUGAAGAUCUCCAAGGAGUGCCAGGAGCCUGCAGACCUUCCUGCACCUGCACCUGUACCUGCUCCUGGUCCUGCACCUGCUCCUGGUCCUGCACCUGCACCCUGCAGCCAGUCAGACCAGCCCUUGUCCCCACAGUCCUUUGCCCUGAAGGGCACCAUGGUGCUGAAGGAGAUGUUGAAGAUAGACAACAGUCAGCAGAAGGAACCACAAGUGUGUGAGGCUCAGAAGAACAUGAGAAGAAGAUCUAAAAAACUAGCUGCCAUGAUGAACGUUCCUCAUGGAGAUGCCUCUCCUCACCUGCCUGUCACCUGUGUCAACAACACCCUGAUGGCCAGCAAGGUGUCAGAGCUGGGGUGUGUGUGUGGGGCGCUAGACAUGGCACCUCCAGACUACACCUUCAUGCACAACACACAGGGUGUGGUGUUGUGUCAAGUCAAGCUGUCCAACGGUCUGAUCGUUCACGGACCACAGUGCCAGUCAGAGAACGAGGCCAAAGAAAAAGCUGCUUUCUUCGCCUUACAAAGAUUGAGUUCACUGGGCCCAAGCUUCCCUCUCCAAGCUCCAGUUUACCGCGGUGGCGUUGAACACCUGCAGGCUCCGUCCAUCAGAGCCAUCUUCAACCAGCCAGGUGGCUUGAUGAUGCCGCCCCAGGCCUGUGGCCCCGCCCCUUUGUGGGCGGUACCUCUUCCUGCUCACCUGCACCACCAGAACCAAAACUUCUACAGAGCAGCGGGUGUGUUUCCUGUGCGGCCGCACCAUGUUGCACCUGUGGGCUCGCACCAUGUUACACCUGUGGGCUCGCACCAUGUUGCACCUGUGGGCUCGCACCAUGUUGCACCUGUGGGCUCGCACAAGCAGUUCAUCCCCUUGCAGUUUGUGGGCUCGCACCAUGUUACACCUGUGGGCUCGCACCAUGUUGCACCUGUGGGCUCGCACCAUGUUGCACCUGUGGGCUCGCACAAGCAGUUCAUCCCCUUGCAGGUGACCAAGAAGCGGGUGUUGGCCAAUAAGAAGAGUCAGGAGUUCUACAGCGCCGCCCAAUCAGCGGCCAGGAGAGGCCAGGACACGCCCCCUGGUCAAUCACACGCUCAGAAGCCCAGAGAAGACCAGUCGUCUCCUCGCGCAGAGGCUGUUGCCACGACAACGGCAGACCCGCACACUCCCCCCCGGCCAAAUAAACCCUCAACUGGCCACACCCCCGGCUCCGCCUCCAAAAGGAAACACAGGAAACUGGCUGUCAACUUUGAGUCGGGUAAAGUGUCGGAGCAGUGAUGUCAUAUCUUCAUGUAACAUGCUAACUCUAGCAACAUGCUAACUUGAAAAAUAUACACAUUUUAGCACCAUGCCAACUAUAUCAACAUGCUAACUCUAGCAACAUGCUAACUUGAAAAAUAUACACAUUUUAGCACCAUGCCAACUAUAUCAACAUGCUAACUUUAGCAACAUGCUAACUUGAAAAAUAUACACAUUUUAGCAACAUGCCAACUAUAUCAACAUGCUAACUCUAGCAACAUGCCAACUAUAUCAACAUGCUAACUCUAGCAAUAUGCUAACUCUGGCAACAUGUCAACUUUUGCAACAUGCUAACUUGAAAAAUAUACACAUUUUAGCAACAUGCCAACUAUAUCAACAUGCUAACUCUAGCAACAUGCUAACUCUGGCAACAUGUUAACUUUUGCAACAUGCUAACUUGAAAAAUAUACACAUUUUAGCAGCACGCUAAUUUAAGCAAUGUACCUACUUUAGCACCAUGCCAACUAUAUCAACAUGCUAAGUUUAGCAAGAUACCACCUUUUGCUACUUUUACGAAAUGUUAACGUAGGCAACAUGUUUACUUUAACAUGCUCAUUUUAGCAACAUGUUAACUUUAACACGCUAGCUUUAGCAACAUGUUAACAGAAGCAACAUGUUAACUUUAGCAAGAAGUUAACUUUAACAUCAUGCUAGCUGUAGCAACAUGUUCACUUUACCAACAUGCUAAUUUUAACAUGUUUACUUUAGCGUCACGCUGACUUAAACAACAUGCCAAAUUUUGCAACAUGCUAACUUUGGUCAAAUGUUUACUUGUUAUGGUAACUUUAAGAACAUGUUAACUCUGGCAACAUGCUUACAUUGUAGCAUCAUGCUAACUUUAGCAUACAGGACAACUUUAGCAACAUGUUAACUGGAGCAACAUACUUACUUAAGCAACAUGCUAACUUUAAUGUUUACUUGUUAUCGUCACUGUAACUUUGACAAAAUGCUAACUCUAACAACAUGCUUACAUUGUAGCAUCAUGCUAACUUUAGCAUACAUGACAACUUUAGCAACAUGUUAACUGGAGCAACAUGCUUACUUAAGCAACAUGCUAACUUUAAUGUUUACUUGUUAUCGUCACUGUAACUUUGACAAAAUGCUAACUCUAACAACAUGCUUACAUUGUAGCAUCAUGCUAACUUUAGCAUACAUGACAACUUUAGCAACAUGUUAACUGGAGCAACAUGCUAACUUUGAUAACAUGUUUACUUGUUAUCGUCACUGUAACUUUGACAAAAUGCUAACUCUAACAACAUGCUUACAUUGUAGCUUAAUGCUAACUUUGACAUGCAUGUUAACUUUAGCAACAUGCUAACUGAAGCAACAUGUUUAAUUUUGCAAAAUGUUUACUUUAGCAAGACGCUAACUUUAGCAACAUGCUAACUUUGGCAUCACGUUAAUUUUGGCGACAUGUUUACGUUUUAGCAUCAUGCUAACUUUAGCAACAUGCUAACUUUGACAUCACAUUAAUCUUGGCGACAUGUUUACGUUUUAGCAUCGUGCUAACUUUAGCAACAUGCUAACUUUGGCAUCACAUUAAUUUUGGCGACAUGUUUACGUUUUAGCAUCAUGCUAACUUUAGCAUACAUGACAACUUUAGCAACAUGUUAACUGGAGCAACAUGCUAACUUUGAUGACAUGUUUACUUGUUAUCAUCACUGUAACUUUGACAAAAUGCUAACUUUUAACAACAUGCUUACAUUGUAGCUUAAGUUUGACAUGCAUGUUAACUUUAGCAACAUGCUAACUGAAGCAACAUGUUUAAUUUUGCAAAAUGUUUACUUAAGCAAGACGCUAACUUUAGCAACAUGCUAACUUUGGCAUCACGUUAAUCUUGGCGACAUGUUUACGUUUUAGCAUCAUGCUAACUUUAGCAACAUGCUAACUUUGGCAUCACAUUAAUCUCGGCGACAUGUUUACGUUUUAGCAUCAUGCUGACUUUAGCAACAUGCUAACUUUGGCAUCACAUUGAUUUUGGCGACAUGUUUACAUUUUAACAUCAUGCUAACUUUAGCAACAUGCUAACUUUGGCAUCACAUUAAUUUUGGUGACAUGUUUACGUUUUAGCAUCAUGCUAACUUUAGCAACAUGCUAACUUUAGCAGCCAAAACUGUAAGAUUUGCUGUGUUUUGAUUUAAAAGUGAUGUCAUCUUUUCCUCGCCUUUGAAGGGCAAACUACAAAUAGAAGUCAGAGAGUAGCUCCGCCCCCUUUGGUUUUCUUCAGAGGACUAAGUUUGGAUGUAAAACUACUUCUUUGAAGACUAAUUUGGUUAAAACACUUUUUAAAUCUGCAUGAUCAGAGACUAUUUUCUUGUUUUCAUUCUGUACUUUUUUACAUUUGCUUGUCUGUGGGAGUCAAUAUUUACUCCUGACUUAGUACAGUCCAUCUUCAAGAUAGUCAAUAUUUACUCCUGACUUAGUACAGUCCAUCUUCAAGAUAGUCAAUAUUACUCCUGACUUAGUACAGUCCAUCUUCAAGAUAGUCAAUAUUACUCCUGACUUAGUACAGUCCAUCUUCAAGAUAGUCAAUAUUACUCCUGACUUAGUACAGUCCAUCUUCAAGAUAGUCAAUAUUACUCCUGACUUAGUACAGUCCAUCUUCAAGAUAGUCAAUAUUACUCCUGACUUAGUACAGUCCCUCUUCAAGAUAGUCAAUAUUACUCCUGACUUAGUACAGUCCCUCUUCAAGAUAGUCAAUAUUACUCCUGACUUAGUACAGUCCCUCUUCAAGAUAGUCAAUAUUACUCCUGACUUAGUACAGUCCAACACGUGACUAAUCCUUUUAUUUGUGUUGUUGACUUUUUAUUUCUUGUAAUAUUUGUCCUGCUAUGUUGUACAAGCUCUGAUAGUCAUGUGAUCAUGUUCAAUUAAAUGAUUCUAUGCUUUGGAAA